CGUACAUUGUUGCUGACCCCGCCAUCUUAGCAGCUGUAGCCGCUUUCUUCUCCCAGCUCUGGUUUCUGGAUUGCACCGGGUGUCUGUCGCCGCGUGACUCGCUGGUACCUGGACACUUAGCGCGAGGGGGGCGCUCACCAGAGUCCCGAAAUGGGGUUGGUGUCAUUUGAAGAUGUAGCCGUGGACUUCACCUGGCAGGAAUGGCAGGAGCUGGAUGCUGCUCAGAGGACCCUGUACAGGGACGUGAUGCUGGAGAACUACAGCAGCCUGGUGUCCUUGGGGCACUGCAUGACUAAACCUGAGUUGAUUUUAAGGUUGGAGCAUGGAUUCCGGCCAUGGAGCAUAGGAGACACUUCAGUCUGGAGUCUCCCAGGUGUUCUUGAAGUGUAUACUCCAAAUGAGAGUUGCCUGGAAAAUUCAGAGAGUCAUAUGUGGCCAGUGGGAAGCAUCAACAGAAAUCUUUCAAAUAAAGAGAUGAUUGAAGCAGAAAUGAAGGUUCAACUAGAACUUCACCGAGGUACCAAACCCUAUGAAUAUAAGCCACAUAUGAAAAUGGUCAGCCUGCCGUCUCAGCACAGCAAACAGCGUGCAUACUAUCCAAGUAUGAAACCCUAUGAAUGGAAGGAGUGCCAGAAAGCUUUUUGUUACAAGUCAGGGCUCACCCAACACCAGAGAACUCGUACAAGAUUGAAGAUCUAUCAGUGUACAGAAUGUAGGAAAGCUUUCCCCUCCAAAUCAGAACUCACUGUGCAUCAUCGAAUCCAUACUGGUGAGAAGCCCCAUGAGUGUGAAGAAUGUGGUAAAGCUUUCUAUCGUAAGUCAACCCUUACAGUCCAUCAGAAAACUCACAAAGGUGAGAAACCUUACGAAUGUAAAGAAUGCUGGAAAGCUUUCUAUUAUAAGUCAACCCUCACUGAACAUCAGCGAAUCCAUACCGGCGAGAAGCCUUAUGUGUGUAAAGACUGUGGCAAGGCUUUCUUCUACAAGUCAAACUUAACUCGCCAUCAUAGAACUCAUACAGGUGAGAAACCUUAUGAAUGUGAAGAGUGCAGGAAAGGUUUUUCCUCCAAGUCAGAGCUCACUUCACAUCAUAGAACUCAUACCGGUGAGAAGCCCUAUCAGUGUGAAGAAUGUGGCAAAGCUUUUUACUGCAAGUCAACCCUUCGAGUACAUCAAAAAAUACAUACAGGUGAAAAGCCUUAUGAGUGUAAGGAAUGUCAGAAAUCUUUCUAUUAUAAGUCAACCCUCACGGAACAUCAGAGAACUCAUACAGGCGAGAAGCCUUAUGAGUGUAAAGACUGUGGCAAGGCUUUCUUCUACAAGUCACAGUUAACUCGCCACCAUAGAAUUCAUACAGGUGAGAAGCCUUAUGAAUGUGAGGAGUGCAGGAAAGCUUUCUCCUCCAAGUCAGAGCUCACUGCUCAUCGUAGAACUCAUACGGGUGAGAAACCCUAUGAAUGUAAAGAAUGUGGCAAAUGUUUUUGUCGCAAGUCACACUUAACUCUUCAUCAUAGAAUCCAUACAGGUGAGAAGCCCUAUGAAUGUAAAGAUUGCAGGAAAGCUUUUUUCUGCAAGUCAGGGCUUGCCCGACAUAUGGGAACGCAUACACAUUGUACUAAUACAAAGACUAGAGAAAAGCAUUUUCCUGCAACUCACAGCUCAGUCAAUAUCAGAAAUGAUAUACAAGUUAGAAACCCUGUGGCUAUAAAGAAUGAAGAAAAACUCUCUACUAUAAAUCAGUCUUCACUCCAUAUGAUGGACUUCUUAGAGUUGAGAAGUCCUAUAGAUCUACAUAAUGCAGGAAGACUUACCUUCUUAACUCAUACUUCAUUCAAUAUGAAUGAACUCAGGUGAGCCACACUAAUAACACAGAAGGCUAGAAAGCAUGCACUCAACCGGGAUCACUUGACAUCAGAGAAUGCCUGUAGAAAGGUUACAGCAAAGAACUACCACAAGGGAGACCUCACUCAACAUCAGAAGAACAUUUUGUCUGGAAAGAACACAGGAAAGCUCUACCAUAGUUGUCUCAAUGUUAAGCAACUUAUACAUGUAAAGAAGCUUAGGAAUUAAAAGCCAAAACUUUUGAAUGGUGAGUCAGGUCUCUGUUGAAACCUGCAAUGAAAAACCCUGAGAAUGUAUAAAAAUGACAAAAACGUUUUCCAAUGUAGACUACUAUAUAUGUACUAACUUUGAAAAACAAACAUUUAAGGGACCCUUGUAAAGAAAAUAGGAAAAUUUUGAUAAGUCAGAUCACAUUCUUCAUCAAAAAAGUCAUACAGGUGAGAGACUAUGUACAAAUAAAUUUGCCAUGUAUAGUAGUACUUGCUUAUCUUCCAUUUCAUUGACACAUAGAUAUUCAAAACUAGGGAACAUCAUAUUCUCUCCAACUCUGGGUGGGCCUAGAGUGUUAUAAGGGCAUGUAUAGAAACAUGAUGUAGUUCAGAAGUGCUGUUGCGGUAUGUUGAAAAUGACUGGUACGAGGCACUGCCUUAUUAUGUAGGACUGCUAAAAUCACUGGUGAUCUGUGUUCUCUGAUUCUCAUCUUGCCAGAGAAAAUGUGGUAAAUCUUCUCAUAAAGUCAUUUUAAUCUAACAGUCAAUGCUAUAGGGGUCCAGAAAUUAACAGUGCUUAUUUCCUGAUCUCAGAGAAGUGAUGGUUAAGAUUGGUAACAUUUAUAUCAAAUUAGUAGCACAGGAGAGAUCAAGGUACAUGGGAUUUGUACCACACUUUGCAGAUGCAGAAGGGAAUCUAGACCAGUGCCUAAGAUAACAAACCAAGUGAGUGUUAGAGCCAGGAUCAGAUGUCCUAUCUCAGCUCAGUGUCGCUUGCACUAACCCUGCACCAUUUUACUUGACCAAAUUUAUACAGCUUGCUGUUAGUGGAUGAAAGGAAAACAGUCUUCAUUAUUAUUUUCCAACUCUGGGAGAAGAGAAUCUAAAUAAUAGUGUCGUGAGUCUUUUAAGCCAAGCAACAGCCAUCUCUGGGAAUUCAGCUGUGGCCUCUUGCAAAAGCUCAUCCCAGCCGGGCUUACUAAUGGUUAAUCUCUCCUCCCAGCAUCCGACUGCUCCCUACCAACUGGCAGCUCUGCAAACUGCCUGGGGAAAAGACUUAGAAUGAGUGCCAGGAAACACUAGGGGAUGGGGCCACGUCCUCCACGUAUGCUGUUUUGGAAAAAAUCCCAUUCCUGCUGAGUAAGGCUUUCCAGACGUGACCCACUAGGGGCGGUGUACCCAUACUCUUGUAAGCAACCCUUACUCACACUCUGUCAGGAAGCCAAAUAAAGUCAUUGGUUUAUUUAUGAACUUUGAUGGAAUCAUGGCUCUGUUUGUGAUUAGUACCUUGGGGUUGGGGGGGAUAGAGAUUGCUUCACAUCUCCCCCCUCCGAAGGAAUUUAUAGCAACAUGGAGUCACCAUUAGGAUGCCUCUGGAUCUUUCUGAAGGAUUAUGUGGAUGUGAGUGAUCCUGGAGUCAGAGCUUUGGGGGAAAGAGUCUGUCCCAAAGGUUUAGGAAGAAGUCUCAAAACCUCAGUACUUUGAAAAAGUCCUUCCAGAAGAGUCUCAAGUCUGAGCUUAGGAUCUCGGUGCAUAUUGUCUGCUUUUCAGAGUGACAUUAUCUUGGCAAGAUGCAAACCACCCGACCUGGAGCAUGUUUUGAGUGUACAGAAGUAUGAGGCUUUCACUGACUUAGAGUUAGUUUCUAGUGUGUGUAGGUAAAAGGUAGCCUGUGUUCUUCCUAAAUCUGGGAAAAACUGGUGGCUAGUACUCAGCUUACUGUGUGAGUCCACAUGUUCCCAGCCUGUGUUCAGAGGUUUAGAUUUAUGACCAGUUCCUGUUUUCCUUCUAGGGCAAAACCCUGGCAUAUAAUGAUUAACCUUUUACAUACACAUCUGACUAUACAAGGUCCUGGAAAUAGUGCGAAUGGUAGAGGGUAUGGCAGCUGUGACAUAAAGGGGAUUUUGAAAGACUUUGGCUGCUUGCCUACCAGGGCAGUAUUAUGUAGUUCUGAAAAAAUGCAAAUGAUGAACAGCUAGCUGUCUUAAAGUUCAGGUUAAGAAUGGGAGUGUGGUAGUCAUGUAAACAAUGGUUUACAUCCUUGCCUAUACUAAAGGCUCUAGCAAGAAGUCUGAGAGGACACUAUCUACUUGUCAUCACCAGUGCCUUGUAACAUUCUCAACAAGCACAAAAGUAUAUAAUCCCAUGAUUAAACAUGGAGCCAGAAAAGAGACAUUUCAAGCUAUAUUUAAAGAAAUAGAACGAUCCUUUCACAGGGGUUACCUAAGAGCAUUGGCAAAUAGAGGUAUUUAUAUCAUGAUUCAUAAUAGCAAAAUGCCAUUAUAAAGUAGCAAUGGAAAUAAUUUUAUGGUUGGCUGGUAAGAGCUAGUUAGUACCUGAAUUCCAUAGGAUUAAUUAGUAGGACUCAAGGAUACAGUAGUUAAUGUGCAAAAUGUUUAGAAGUUCUUUCAAAGUUAGGCAUUCACUUAUCUUACUCAGAGAACCAGAACCUUGAUAGUUACUGAUGUAACUAAAUCUGAAUCUUUAAACAAAUAUCUACCCUACUGUACGUGGAGAUAUUACUGUAUUUCACAUUUUAAAUGUCAACUAGAUGUUGGGAGAAUCACAGUGGAUAGACUAGAAUAAGUGAGGAUAUAUGUAUGACAUACUCAUUGAAGAAGUGAUGGAAGGUGCUAUGUUGAAUAAUAUAACCAGGCUUGUGACUGUGUUCUUCAGAUAUUAGACUGCACAAACUCCUCCAGUUGCCGAGUGUGUUGUUAAUCACUGGUAUACAAGUUUGCAGAUGUCAAGGUACUCUUGAAAAGAUAUAUAUUAUUAUAGAUAAGUGGGAUCGAUUCCUAGAAUCUAAUUGAACAAUUUGUAAAUAAAAUAAAAAUGCUCUAGCAAACACUGUGCCAGUGUAUACUUGGGAUCAUCAAUAUGAACCUAUCCCCAUUCCUUACUUUGUGAUGGAUCAUUUGUGAAUGUAUUUCCCUGCAGUCCCUUUGAACCAAUAUUGAUAUAUUCUCUUGUGUUACAAUCAUGCACAUGAAUACUUAUUUCUAUAUUGUGUCAUUGAUAGGAGAAUAUCAACUAUAUUUACCAGCUAAUUUUACUAAGUGAAUAAUAAUAAUUUAUAUUUAAAUUUUUAUUAAUGAGUAUUCACUUAUUCUAACUUUUUACAGGUUGGGGUUUUAAAGAUUUUUUUUCAAGUUAAAAUAUAUUCUUUUCCUUCUUCCCUUUCCUACAUCCAACUUUUCCCAUGUGCUCCUUCCUCUCACAAAUUCAUGGUCUCUUCAGUUUUUGUUACAGAUGUGUGUGUGUGUAUUCCUAAUUAUAUAAAUACAAUCUCUUCAGUCUGCAUAAUGUUACUUAUAUGUGUGCGAUUUUAGGGUAUUAGAUAACCAAUUGGUUGGUAUGUUCUCCCCUUGGGAAGAUUAUUUCUCCUCUUCUCAGCAUUCCUUAGUUAUCUGUAGUCCUCUGUCUAGAGUUGGGACCUUGUGAGAUUACUGCCUGCCCCAUGUUAGUAUGUCUGUUGAUGCUAUCCUUUAAAGAGAGAUUUUUAAAAUUGUA